ACUGCAGGAGCCGGCCGGCCGGCCAGGGAGAGAGCACCGCCCCCGGGUGAGUUGCAGUGCGGUCCCGGCCUCCAGCGCCAGGGAGCCACGGUAACCGGGGCCUGAGGCUAACAUGGACCAGUCGGUUGUGCUGCAGGAGACGCUGGAACCGGGUGAACAGUGCCGCACAGCGGUACAAGGCAUUAUACUGGAUGGAGAAUCGAAUGAAAGCCGUAUUAUUGGACUUGUGGAAUGCAACAGUGAAUAUGCGAUUUUUAUGUACACUCAUAGAAGAAUGGCGAUCAUUGCAGAGGAUGUUUCGUUAGAAGAAAUAGUGCCUGUGUCAAAGGAUUUUGUUAUUGAGGAAGUGAUUCAGGAUACACAUGUUAUUGGUUCUGAUACCACAGUCAAAAUAAUAUCAAGAGGCGUUGAUCUAGAGCUUCAGCUCCCCUUUGGUUCACAGACCAGAAUAUUCUUACAGGAAACCCACAAGGCAUGUGAAGAAUUACACAAACAACCUGUCACUGGAGGAUUCCCACCUCAAUUUCUAUGGCUAUCAAAGUACAGACAAAAGAAAGAUUUCCAGUUGCACAGAUCCCUGGGGGAAAAAUAUGCAAAUUGUACUCCAUCCUCAUCCGAUCAGAAAGGAAAGAAGAUGGCCAGUAAAAUAGGCGGCGACUCUGAUCUGCUAGCAAUCCAACAUGGUGGUGAAGAGAGGGACAGUCACACGUAUGAAGAUGGCUGUGUUGAGCCUACUCCAGAAAAGCCUGAUAAAAUGAAGCCGGACAUAACUGAUGACAUGGUCCGCAAUGCCAGCAUGUUGGCUACAAGCAAAGCUCAAAUCCUCAUGAUGCCACAGUUUGGCCUGCGUGACAAUCUGAUCAAAUCGGAGUUGCUGAAGCAAGAAGAAAAGUACACUUACAUCAGAAACUACAGGAUUUUUGCAGGAACAUACAAUGUGAAUGGCAAGUCUCCCAAGGAGGACCUGAAACCUUGGCUGAGCUAUGAUGCUGAACCACCUGAUAUCUACUGUAUUGGUUUUCAAGAAAUUGACCUGAGCAAGGAAACAUUCCUUUUUAAUGAUACGCCAAAGGAAGAGGAGUGGUUCGUGGCUGUGACUGAAAGUCUUCAUCCAUUGGCCGCAUAUGCAAAGAUCAAGCUCGUCCGGCUGGUUGGAAUGAUGCUUAUAUUGUAUGUGAAGAAAGAACAUGCUGCUUAUGUUACAGAAGUGGAAGUGGAAACAGUCGGAACAGGCAUAAUGGGAAGAAUGGGUAACAAAGGUGGAGUCAGCAUAAGGUUUCAGUUCCAUAACACCACCUUGUGUAUCGUUAACUCACACCUCGCGGCUCACACUGAAGAAUGUGACAGACGGAACCAAGACUACAAAGACAUCUGUAGCAGAAUGCGUUUUAUUCAGUCUACCCUGCCACUGACAUCUCUCACAAUCAUGAAGCAUGACAUGAUAAUAUGGCUUGGCGAUUUGAACUACAGAAUAUGUCAUCCAGAUGUAGAAGUUAUUAAAAAGCUAAUAAAAAUUAAGGAUUAUGCAAGACUCAUCAAAUAUGAUCAGCUAACGAAACACAUGGAGGAGUCGGGUGUGUUCCAAGGAUUCAAGGAAGGAAAUAUCAACUUUCAACCAACCUAUAAAUAUGAUAUUGGCUCUGAUCACUGGGACACGAGUGAGAAAUGUCGAGUUCCUGCAUGGUGUGACCGAAUCCUUUGGAAAGGCAGCAACAUCGAGGAGUUGGAGUAUCGCAGUCAUAUGGCUUUAAAAAUCAGUGACCAUAAACCAGUUAGCGCAAUCUUUCAAGCUGGGAUAAAGGUGGUUAAUCAAGAAUUGUACAGAAAGACAUAUGAAAAUAUUGUUCGCCAACUAGACAGAAUGGAGAAUGAUUCUAUUCCUUCAGUGUCCCUGUCCAAAACAGAGUUCCAUUUUGAGAAUGUGAAGUUCAUGCAGCUUCAAGUUCAAACACUUACUAUUGCGAACACUGGACUGGUGCCCUGUCAAUUUGAAUUCAUCACCAAAUUGAAUGAGCCUUCAUACUGCAAACCAUGGUUCAGUGCUACCCCUGAUAAGGGGAUUUUGAUUGAGGGGGAAAGAAUAGAAAUUGAGUUAGAAGUGUAUGUGAAUAAAUUUACUGCGCUCUCAUUAAAUAUGGGAGAAGACCGCAUUGAGGAUAUUUUAAUCUUGCAUCUACAACGAGGAAAGGACUACUUCAUGUCCAUUUGUGGGAAUUACCUCCCAAGCUGCUUUGGAUCCUCGUUGCAAGCACUUUGCCACAUGAAGGAGCCAAUCCGAGAAGUGAAACCUCAAAGAAUACAAGAGCUGGAAAGAAUGGCAAAGGAAAACAAAUCUUCAGACAGUUUUGCAAAUGAAGUGCCACUUGAUGUCCCUAAGGAAAUCUGGAUGUUGGUCGAUCACCUACACCGCAAUGCUUCAUUCCAGGGAGAUCUGUUCCAGCAGCCAGGACUGAAGUCAGAAUUUGAGGAGAUACGAGACUGUUUAGAUACUGGAAUACCAGAUUUUCUCCCUGGCAGUAACCAUUCUAUAACCGAAGCACUGUUGCUCUUUCUGGAUGCCCUUCCAGAGCCAGUCAUUCCUUACUACCUGUACAGAAGUUGUUUAGAGGGUUCAUGCAGCUAUACUCUGAGUGAGCAGGUUGUCUCCAAGCUACCUCAUUGCCAUAAGAAUGUAUUCAAUUAUUUAAUGGCUUUCCUUCGAGAGCUUCUGAAAAAUGCUGCUUGUAACAAUCUUGAUGUGCCUACACUUGCGAGCAUCUUUGGAGUGCUAUUGCUGAGAUCGCCUCUUAAUGCCACAAGUCAAUGUGACGUCAUUGAGAGUAAGAAGGCAGCACAAGAGUUCAUUACACGUUUCCUUACAUUGAAGGACGGUUAAUCAAAGCAGCCUGACCCAGCCAACAAAGUGUUUAUUUUCUAGUGUUUAAUAAAAUUGUACUAUUUCAGUCAAGAGUAUUUUUAUAUGAAGAUAAAGAUCUUUAGAAUUAUGCAAAUGUUUUGGAAUGCAGAAACAAGCUUCUACUUAUUUUGUAAUGUAAAUUUAUCUUAGAGUGUUUGAAGGUUCAGAGCUGGAGUCAUUCGUGUCACCUCCAAUUUAUAGAAGCACCCUGCAAUGUUUCCGAUGUUGUAUUUUGUAAUGUAUUAUAUGCAGGGAACUGACAAUUUUGUAUGCACAUGAUUUUUUUUUACUAUUUGGUAGUCCAGCCCCCACCACUUACUCCGUCCCUGCGUGUAUCAGGCAAAUAGUGCAUACCACUUUCCAUUGCCAUAGAUGUCAGUUACAAAGGUAGAAUUUAAACUCUAUUAAGCACAGCAACUAUUUGAGGUUAUUCAAAUAGUUGUUUAACAUAUAGUUCAAGUAUAAUUACUCAUCACUUAAGUCCUUUUGGCAGUCCCAAGUAACAGAGUCAGCUGAAACUGGAGCUGUAUUUACAGUCCCAGCUGUGGUGCUGAAGCUGGUCAAACCACUGCAUAUGUCAACUCUAUUCUGCUCUCCCUACAUGAAUAAAGGGAAAAGCUUUCACCUUCAAAGCCUGUCUGUAGCCAGGUGUAUUUUCCACAAAUAUAUAUUACAAUAUAGAAGCCCAGAAGUCCUCUUCAGAUCUUUAGAAUUAUGCAAAUGUUUUGGAAUGCAGAAACAAGCUUCUACUUAUUUUGUAAUGUAAAUUUAUCUUAGAGCGUUUGAAGGUUCAGAGCUGGAGUCAUUCUUGUCACCUCCAAUUUUUAGAAGCAAAUUUCAACUGGGAGCAGGAGAGAAAUGGAGAGACUGCCUACAAAGAGCCACUUCCAGACCAUUAUUUAAGAGAGUCACCGCUUUAAGAAAGAGCGAAGGGGUGGAUAUCUGAACUCAAAUCCCAGAGCUGACACUACUUAAAACAAUAAUGUUAAGUUUUAAUUUCUGAAGUUGUCAAAAUUCUGCAUAAAAUUGAUAUAGUAGGCAAAUCACAUUCAUAAGAUAAUAAUGGAGUGGGAGGGAUGGGAGUUUUGGAUUUAACUUCAGCCACAAGAAGUUUCCCCCAUGCAAUAAAUAAGUUAUGUUACCUUUUGGAGUUGACAAAGUACUGCAAUGAUAGAUGCUAUUUCAGACCAAUAUACCAGUGUAAGAAUUAAUUUGAUCACUAUGAAUGUUCAAAUACACAGACUCAUCCACAAUGAGAAAAACAGCUUGGCUCGCAUAUAAAAUUUUUCCUAUUUUAAACUGUGAGUAAUCUGAACAAAGAGAGAAACUGGUGGAGCAUGCACCGAUCCCAGGUCUCAAAAUAAGUUUUCAUUGAACCUUUUUUGAGCUGAUGUUAUGAAAUGUAUUUGUGAGACAUCCAAACACUUCUUUCCUUAGCGUGAUUGGAUCCUGAUAAAAGAUUUGCCAAGAAAUAUACCGAUUACAGCAAGACCUCUGUGCAAAUUUAUAUAUCUUUGUACCAUAGCAACUUCAGUCUGAGUAAACAAGCACUGAGUAAAGACAAAGGUAUUUUAAAUGCAAGUAAUUCAACACCUAUAAUGUGUUGCUUCCAGAUGAAGUGGUUACCCCGUCACUAAAUCGAGAUGCUUUGACAAACGUGUUAAUCCAUGAUCAAGAUUCUUUUGUAUUAAGAUACUUGGAUAAAUAAUUACAUGAAGUAGUAGGAUUGAGUUGGAAGUGGUUCUGUUGAAAUUGUACAUUUGGAUCAGGUACUUUUUUUAAACCUUGAAUUCAUUGUAAUGAGUCAAUGGUGACUCUAUGUUUUCAUACUGUAAAUCAUGUCCAGCAGUGCUUUAAUGGAAAUUACUCCAGUCCAUUUAUUCCCCUUGACACAGAUAAGGUUCCGAUUGGCUUGAUGCAGUACUUUAUAUUCUAUUGACACAUUAAUGGGCAAGAUUUUAACUCACUAAAAACCAAUUCAGUUACACAAAAGUUAAAAUCAGGCCAAUUAUACUUGUUUUACAGUGUCAAGCAAUAUGAUUUUUCCCUAAAAAUAUAUAUUUCCAAGGCUUUUGUCAUGGAUAAGGAUUUUGUGGUAUUGAAUGGUUGUAGAUGUUGGACAAAGCUCAGGAACUCCACCAAGAUGAUUCUUAUGCAUUGUUGUCCUCUUCCUUUUUUUAUGUAUGAGGGGAGUUAACAUUCUUCCCCUGGCAUCAGCUGUUUCUCCCCAGGUCCCAUUUGAGAGCUAUGAGGUCUUGAAGCCAGAUGGGCAGUAAGGGUAUCAAAGGAAGCCCAUUCCCAAGUCACUGGUAGAAUGUUGCUCUUGAUAAGCUGCCAAGAGACAUCUCAGUGGCUACAGGAUAGCUCCUCAUUUAGUUGUUUUUCCCAUUUCCUUUUCUUCCCCUCAUCCAUUUUAUGUAGUCACAGCAACUUCACUGAGAGGGGAAACUUAGUAGAGUUUGAGGUUUGAAGUUGCAUCCCUACACUACACCUCAACUGUGCUCCUGUAACACUGCAUUCCAAUAUAAAUAGCUAUCUUUUCACUCUUCUACCUUCAGGGAGUGCUAAUGCUGCCUGCUGAGUAUUUUCAUUAUGUUUAAAACAUGCACAUUUUAAAUGAUGACCAAUUCAGCCAAGAGUAAAAUUAUCUUUUUUUUUUUUACACAGUGCAAAUGAUUGUUCCCUUAUGAGCUUCAGGAUCUUUGUAUGGCAUGUCCUAUAAUAUACAGGUAUCAAAUUCCAGGUUCACGUUCCACAAAUGCAUUUGUUAUUUGAACACAUCCAACUCAGUACUGAAACUGUUUAAAUUUCAAAAAAUCAUGUUUUAUUUAAAAGUUAUUUUAAACUGCACAGUCUUUGAACCCAUGUUGUAAUGGCAGGAAGUAUGAUGUGACAGGUUCUGGCUUGAUAGCUCAGAGGUAAAAUGUAAAGAUUUCCAAAUAGUGGACUUGAGACUAAAUACAGAUGAAGGCUAUUGGCCCAUCUUGGGUCAUCCACAUGGACUGAACCUAAAGUCCACCCUUGCAGUGUCCAGUUUGCUUUUUCAAUAACUGCACGAUUUUUGUCUCUACUGUUCCAAAUGGAAAUUAAGCACUUUGAAUGAAGAAAACCUUCCUGAUAAUCCACCUACAUUUCACUUGUUUAAACUUGAGAAUCCUUGACCACCUCAUACAGUUUAAAGUAAUUUUCAAGAUUUACUUUUUUCCAUGCUGUUUAUAGACUUACAUAUAGUUUCAAAAUAAACUCUCACCUAUUUCUUCUCAAGGAUGAAAACUUCAAGUAUCUCCAGUCUUUCUGCAUAGCUUAAACCUCUUAGAUCAGACCUCUGAGUUGGAAUCAACCUUGUGUUUCUUCUUUUCGCUGGACAUUGGUCUUGAAUGUCUCUCUUGUCUCAGUGACCAGAACUAGACACAGUAGUCAAGGUGCGUUCUGACCAGAGCAUUCUGCAAUUUGAUCAUGACUCUCUCUGACUUGUUUCCGACUGAUUUAAUUUCACAGUUCAAAAUUUUAUUAGCAUUGUUAAUUAGUGCUCUGCUUUGGUUAGGCACAUUAAGCAUCUAGUGUACUGAGACUCCUAGGUCUCUCUAAACUUCACCAUUAACUAUUUCAACAUCAUUCAUGCAUAUAUAUGUGUUGCCUACUUUUCAUUUUUGUGUGAUGUUUUGUAUUCAAUUUGAUCUGCAAUUGUUAUGCCUACAAACAUAUUUUGUCCAGCUUAUUCUGAGCUACUACCUCCAAUUCAACUGCCCCUCCUAGUUUGGUAUCAUUUGCAAAUUUGACCAAUUUGCAUUAGGUUUUGAAAUUCAAGUCAUUGGUGUAAAUUAGAAGCAGUAAAGGCAUCAACACUAAUAUCAGGGGCUCCUCACUCAGUGCUUUUGCUCCACAACCCAAUGUAACUUCUGUAACAAAUAUCCAUUGUUCAACACAUCAGCCAAUUCAUUAGCCAUUGUCAAGAUUUACCCAGAAGACAUACAGCUUUGAGCUACACUAAUACCCUUUUCUGUGGCUUACACAGUCCAUUUGGGAUGACUUAUUAUCAAAAAAGAUCAAGCAUGUUAAACUAGAUCUUCCCCAUACCAAAUUCUGCUCAUACCUCACAUGUGCCCUUGCUGAACUAUAGUGGCUCUAAGACCCCAAUGCCUUCAAUUUAAAAUUCUUAACAAUCUAAUUAAAUCCCAUGUGGGUGCAACUCUCCCUAUAUCUAACCUACUCCACUUCUAAAAGAUCCACACCCUGAACUCUCCAUUUCUCCAGCUCUCGAAUUCUGUGCAUCCAUUUGUCUUAAUACUGGGAGCGGUGCCUUUAACCAUCUCAAUUUCAAGAUAAGAAAUUUAUAACCUAAAUUUCCCUGCCUCUUUUUCUAUGCUAUAUAAUUGCAAUUGUUGUUUAAUCAAUGUUGAACUAAGUGUUACUGUACAGAUGAUCUUCAGCUUUACAUCGAAUAAUCGCUUCCAUUAUUUUACACAGUAUUAAACUGAGAGUGUCUCAAUUAGCUGUGUCUGAUUCUUCACCUUUUUUUGACCGUAGACUUUGGCCAUUUUCCAAUCUACUAGAAGUACCCAGUGGCUCCCUCAUACUGAUUGUCAGUUCCUCUAGGAUUUACUCCCUGGAUUCGUUUGCCACCCUGAGAUCAGAAGUUCCACUGUUGCUAAAUCAUCAGACUACUUAUCCGAUACACAGUACUGGAUAAGCAUAAAUUUCAUCCAAUUGAAUAUUGGGAAUAUUGAAGCCAUUGUUUUUAGCCCAAAUUCCAUUCCUUAAUUACUGAAUCCAUCACUCUCCCUGGCAACAGGUUGAGAUUAAGGCAGUGUGUUUGCAAGUUUGACAUCACAUUUAAUCCUGAAAUGAGCUUCUGACCUCAUAGUCUCAUGCCAUCAUGAAGAUCAUCUAUUUCCACUUCCGUAACAUUGUUCAACUUUGCUUGUGUCUCAGCUCAUCUAUUGCUGAAACCCUCAUCCAUGCCUUUGCUACCUCAAAUAUUCCAAAGCACUCCUGACUGAUCUCCCACAUUCCACCCUUGGUAUACCUGUGGCCAUCCAAAAUCUGCUGCCAUCUCUUAACUUGCAGCAAGUCCAUUCCCCAAUCACCCCUGUCUCGCUCUCCUACAUUGGGUCCAAGUCAAGCAACAUCUUGAUUUUAAAAUUCUCUUAUUUUCAAAUACUCCAUGGCCUUGCCCCUCCCUAUCUCUGUAGUCUCCUCCAACCUCACAACCCUCCAAUAUCUAUGUUUCAAUAAUUCUGGCCCCUUGUGCAUUCACAAUCAUAAUUGCUCCACCAUUGGUGGCCAUGCUUUCAAUUACCUUGACCCCAAAGCUCCGAGAUUCCUUCCCUACACAUCUCCGCCUCUCUACCGUGCUUUCCUCCUUUAAGACACUUCUUAAAACCUACCUCUUUGACCAAGCUUUUGACUAUCUGACAUAAAGGGUGGAAUUUAAUGGAGCUUGCCAGAGCAGGCAUGACAGGAUGGGAGUUGGUGUGGGGGUGCUGGGAGUAGGUAGUUGCAGUUCACGUGGAUAAGAAUAGGAAUACCUGCUUCUGGAAUUGGGAAAACUGUCGCAGAUUUAGUUGGGGUCAAGAAGGGCCUGACGUGGGAAUCCCACCACUGGUGAUGGGAUAUCAAUUGGGCUCAAAAUUGAGCUACGUAAAACCAGUUAUCCCUCAGCCACCACGAUUUAAUGGUGGCUCAGGGAUUUAACAUGGGUCUCGGGUGCCUCCCUCAGGCCGCCCAGCAAACCCUGACAGGUUUGCCAAUAGCCUACCGGGGGUUGGUGGGGAGUCCCUCGUUGGCAGGCACUCAGUGCCCAAUCGAGGGACCAAGCAUUGGGAAAAAUGGUGGGGAGGUGGCUGAAAACCAUGCCUCUACCCUCGCAUCCAAUCCACCUGCCCAACACAACCCCCACCCCCCAUCCACUUUGCUGGUGACCACCUCCCUCUCGCCCCACUCACCUGUCUCCGUAGAUCCAGCGAUAAUGCUUGGUGAAGGUCUCAGGGCAUUACUGGCAAAAACCCCAAGUUCUAGUGGCAUACGCAACAAUGGAGAGCUUCUGGCCUCUGAUUGGCUGGCAGCUCUUGAGGUCGGAUUUCCACCCUGCUGGAGCCCUGAUCAUGUGCAAGCCCUGAUGCUGGCCAAUUAAGGGCUUGAUUACACUUAAGUUGUAGCUUUGGACCUCCUCGGGAGAAAUGAUGCUGGGCUCCCACCCAGUUCGCUAACCAGUGAGGGGGGGAUCCUCAUUGCAGGAACUAAAUUCUACUCAGUAUCUCCUGAUGUGGUUUGUUGUCAUGCUUUGUUUUAUAAUGCUUUUGUGAAGCACCAGAUUUUCAUUACGUUAAAGGUAUUAUUUAUAAGUUGUUGUCCCUGCAAUUUUUUGUGUUUAAAUUCUUUCAACCUGUUUAGGAUUUUCAUCUCAGUUACACUAAAGCCAUGCAUUUUUCCUUCGAAAACUAUUAUAUUGCUCAUUGUCUUCCUUUGUCAAUACACACAGGAUGUAGACAUUCAAAAUGUUUACUGUUGUAGUUGUUCUAUUUCCAGUCUGUUCGUAUCAUUUGUGGCUUUCUUCCUUUUUCUAGUUGCCUUACUAUUGAAAUAGUGAAAGAACUUCUUGCUGUUAAAAUUUGCAUCUGCAGCUAAGCUUUUUUCAAGUUUUUUAUGACUCUCUGAUCACCUUUCUAAUAUGUUUCUUCACUUUCUUAUACUAAUCUUAGAGAAUUCCAUCCUCUUUCUCUCUGCAGGAUUUGUAGAGGUUAGCUUUCCUUUAUUUCACUUAUCAUUUGUUUCCCUAAUCUAUUUAGGGUUAUGGCUGUUGGUCUGUGUAUGUAUUUAUCCUCUAUGCAUAACAUUGUGCCUUUCAAAGGGUGCAACUUGUCCGAUCCAAGUUGAACUUGCACCCCGAUGAAUUUGUUUUUUUCUGCUCCUUUCUUGAAAUUAGCCCUUUUAAAACUAUAAACCUUGUCAUGCGUAGUGACCUUUUGCAAGCUUCAGUACUACUCAAGGGGCAAGGCAUUUUGGUGCAGUUAAGGUUGUCCUGUUAUUGGUCAAAAAGGCAAUGGAAAAGACUGUCAAUUCAUUGACUGAAACAAGUUAAUACAUUCUCCUGCUGGUGGAAUUUUGAUCCCUGUGUGAUUGUGGCCUUUUCAUUUAUUUCCCAUUCAGUACAACACGGCCUGGCCAGGGUCAAUGACACACAUUUUAAUUAAAUGGGCAUCUUCUUGCAUUAAUUAAGCUACCAUCAACAUCCAGGGUAGAUCAGGAAAACCAAUGUAUAUAUACUAGUUUCCAAGCCUGCAAAACACAGCGAUGGUAUAUUACUGUGAAGAAUCUGGCAUGGUGGUGUCUAAGCUGAGGUACCACAGCACAUGAAAAGCUUUGAGGUGCAUAUAAAGAAAAAAGUAAGGAUCUCUCCCUUUUAGUUGAACAUGACAUGGAAAUAAUGAGGGCAAGAAAGCCAGACCCCAAGCUCUAGGCAGCAUGAGAACAAAUCACCAGCUGGCCUCUUCAAUCUCAGGACAGUACAUUGCUUUUUAAAGUGAUGUUCAUCAUCUGUUUAACAGUAAAACUACAGAGUUAGCAAAUGUUAAACAAACAGCCCAUUGAGUACUCCAACAUCACUGUGGGACUUCCAGUAGUUCCGGCUGAAGAAUGAUAAGACUCCAGCCACUAGUUCACCAGGCUGAUUGACAGGGCACAGUGUGGUAUCACGGUAUUUCAUCUUUAAAGAAAAGGGAUGGAAAGAUUACCAAUGUGAAUUAUCAUAUCUGCCAAUAUUAUUGGAGAAAUCUGCAGCAGAGGCUAUCGCAUCCCUUAACUGCUUUGAAAUGAGAAGAAAGCAAGUUUUGGGGAGAGAAGCAGGUGCUUAAUUAUUUAAAUAUGCUGUCAAAGACUGUGCAGUUAACAUGUUCCUGAAAGAAACUUUAGCAGCAAAGCUUUUGCAAAGGAACUAUAUUUUUAGCCGAGGUUGUUCACAGGGAUUUUGUGUUUGGCCACCCUGUCCCUGUGUUUGCUGAAAAUUUGUGAUGCAGCAUCUAUCAAAAUGAAUCAUUGCUUAACAAAACAUGUACAUAUCAAAUGAAAAAAGUGAUAGGCAGCUGAUGUUUUUUGGCCCCAGGAACAAGACUGGCCUUGUAAUGUUGCUGGACCAAAUGUUUCAUGUUCCAUUAUGUAGUGUAAAGUUUUGCUUUCAUAGGUAUGUAAUUGAAUUAAAACUAUUUAUACAGUGA